GCGGCGGCCGCCGCCCGCACGCCCGGGGCAGGCGAGGAACCGCGGGGGGCCGCCGGGGUUAGGCCCCGGCGCUCCUUGAACGCCCGUUCCGAGGAGCCGGUGGAACUGACCGUGUGUCAGGAGCAGGUUUUCUGGUGCUGUAGGGAGGGGUGUGUCGAUUUACUCAGUUUUACUAAUUCCUGGUAAAAACACAUCCGCCCCGGCCUGACGCGCCUGGGGCCGCGUGUGUUGUCGGCCCCUCCCUGGAGGCCGCCUCUGGGGGCCCCGGAGACACUCGCGCUGUCCCCACGGCACUGUCCGGUCAUCCUGCACCGGCCCCGCGGGACGGAGCUCCCGGGGUGGCCCACCCGUCCCGGGCUCUGAGGCUCCGGUAGCCCAGGAGGGACUGCCGGCCUCCCAGGGUCCACAGCGGGCAGGUUCCUUAUAAUAGCUUUGGUUUAAGUGAUGCCUUGAUACUUUUCUCAAGGCAGCUGCCGAAUAAAUAGCUAGGUGCAUUUAAAAUUUUUUUUUAGGUAUAUAUGCAGGAGUUCUCAACACAAGAAGUUCUGGUUUGCAUACCUUAGGUUUUUCUGGUAUCAGUAACGUACGGUGACAAAGGUAGGAUAGGACCAGGGCACGUCUGUGCAUGUUUAUGCAUGAGAGUCACAAAGCAAUUAGAGUUUUGGUUCAGAUUGCCAACGAAAUUACUUUCUAGUAACUAUGGCAAGAGCUUAUAAACAGUUCUUGGUAGUUUUGCUAGUUACACUAAUAUAGAUACCAGAACUGUGAAUUUCCAUUGUUUGCUGGUGCCAGCUGUUACCUGUGUCUUUGUUCCUAUGUGACACAGCUUUUGUUUACUAACUGGCCACUGGCAUAGGCAGAGGAAUAAGACAGAAAAACAAGAGUCCUUCUAGACAGACAGAAGGACCAAGCAUGACAGACAUACGUGUGCACCUACAGCAGCAGCAGCAACAGCAUCUUCCAAUGUUAAGGCCUGGGAAGUGAGCAGAAGUCCAGCCAAGGAAACAGGAGAGAGGUUUUUUCUCUCCAAAGCAUACAGAAACCAUUGAAUAAUAAUUUACAGAAUACAAGUGCAAAGAAGAAGUAGGUAGUUGUGGUAGUCUUAUUUUUGUGCUUGGACUUAGAAACUUGGAGUGAAGUCCUUUUCACUAAUGAGCUUAUUAACUUUAAAUUGAAUAGAGCUGCAGUUUCAAAACAGUUCUGGAACAUGAACUGACAGUGACCAGGUUGUGCUAUUCUCAUGCAAACAGCAAUCCCAAGAGGAUGGUUUUCUUCCUUAAGGAAUGUAAUUGAACACAGUAAGACUGUACAAUAAAAACUGAAUUAAGUAAUAAUAAAACAGAAACCUAAGAUGCAUCAUUUGGGUUUGGGGUUUUUUUCCAUUCCUGCAGUGAUUCUAAGACAUAUAUUCUUGGAUGUCAUGUUAAUUUUUUUUUAAAUCUGCCUAUUUAUAUUAUUCUCAGUACUACUGAAUUCUACAGUUGUCCUGCGUAACUGGGUUUCGUAAACAUGGUCUACCACUUCCACUUUUAAAAUAACUAAUUGUUUUAGAAUCUACUUUAUAUGCAUUUUCAGGAAAGUGAAGAUGCAGCAUAUGCAGAUAUUGUUCCCAGUUGAAUUACUGUGUCAGAGAAUUAAAUGAAGCAUAACUGAAAUUGUCUCCUAUUACUAAGGUAUUGCUGAAAUCCUAAUGAACCGACCCCACGCGAGAAAUUCAUUGGGAAAAGUAUUUGUAAAUGAACUGUUCAGUGCUCUGGAACAACUCCGCUUUGAUGAGAAGGUUCGUGUGGUGGUGUUCAAGAGUGAGGUGAAAGGUGUAUUUUGUGCUGGUGCAGAUUUAAAGGAACGUGCAAAAAUGGAUGAUGCAGAAGUUGGACACUUUGUUAAAAGGCUGAGAAAUCUCAUGGAUGAAAUAGCUGCCCUGCCUGUACCCACAAUUGCUGCAAUAGAUGGCUACGCACUGGGUGGUGGACUAGAACUGGCAUUAGCUUGUGACCUUCGAGUAGCAGCUUCAUCAGCUAAAAUGGGCCUUAUUGAGACCACAAGAGGGCUUCUUCCUGGAGCAGGUGGAACCCAGCGCCUGCCCAGAUGUGUUGGAAUAGGUCUUGCGAAGGAACUGAUUUUCACUGGUAGACAGGUUGAUGGGCAACAAGCUGCCUCCAUGGGAUUAGUAAAUCACACAGUGCCACAAAACAGCGAGGGAGAUGCAGCUUACCAGAGAGCAUUAAUUUUGGCUAAAGAAAUCCUUCCUCAGGCUCCAUUUGCUGUGAAAAUGGGAAAACUGGCAAUAAACAGAGGAAUGGAGGUUGACAUUGCAUCAGGGAUGGCUAUUGAGGGGAUGUGUUACGCCCAGAAUAUUCCCACAAGAGACCGUCAGGAAGGGAUGGCUGCCUUCAAGGAGAAACGACCACCUCAGUUUAUUGGCAAAUGAUGCUUUCCUUGCCUCCUCUUGAUUUUUUUGAAAAAGUAAAGGAGGACUGAAGAGGACCCACUGAUUUCUUGGGAUUACUUUUAAGACUGCAUUCUGUGUACUUAGCUCCUUGCCUUGGACUGCAUUUCUGAAUACUCCACUGGAUCAUUUUGCUGUAAGAAUUCCCAAAUAAAGAUUUAACUUCGUAGAGCUGA